AUGGGAAAGUGUUGUGCCGUUGAUGGUUGCCUUAGUGGCCGAAAGGCAAGUGAGCAUUUAGGAAAGGAUAUUGAAAUGCUCAGCAAAUGGAGCACUGCUCUUGGCAAAGAAUUGAAAAAUACCAAUUUUAUUUGCGAAUUACAUUUUAAUCCAAACGAUGUUAUAAAAAGUAAUCAAGAGGUUCUAAAAGAUGGGAUUCAUUUGAAGAAGAACGCUAUACCACAAUCCAAUGUGACUACCAAUGAAAAUAAUUACAGCUCAUUAUCAGAUGAUGUUCGUUCAAAUACCUCUGGUAUAAUUAACGAUGAUAUAAUUGUUGACUGUAGUCUAAAUUCUAUAGAGUCUAUUGAGUCAAUAAUCGUAAAUGAAAUUAUAAACGAAGUAAUUGAGCCUGACAAUAAAAAUUCUACAAACACAAAUUUUUCUAUUGGUACAAAUAAUUUGGUUAAUAGUGAUAAUUUGGUGAUCACAAAUGAGCCCGAAAAGUUUUCGUUUCAUUCUAUAGAAAAAAUCUUAGAAGUUCAGCCACUACGUAAAAAUUGGAGUUGGACUGUCAUUAAAGAUUCAUAUAUUUCAUUAUCAUAUAUAAAUUUAAAAUUAGAAUUAGUUUGUCACGUAAAAAUUCAUAAAGAUCUAAAAGUUACGAUCGUGAAUGCCAAAACGAAUAUCCUUAUUGAUAUGGAUGUAAAUAUUUCGUCAAUUGAUUGUGUUUGGCAGUUAUUAAACUCUUUAGAAAACACCUUUUUCUGUAGUGGAACUGGAUACGAUGACAAAAAAUGUUCAGUCACUAGUACAGGUAUAUUAUUGCCGGAGGAAAGAUAUAAAAGAAAAGUUGUGGAAUACAGAUGCAUUACUUGUCGAAAAUUGAGACGUUUGAUCCAAAAACGUAAAACGGAAACAACAAAUAAUGAAGCUCGAUGGAUGAGUUUUAAGCAUCGCUAUAUUUUACAACGCAGAAAGCUCAAUCGAGUUGUUCACACGAAUAAAAAUUUAAAGCAACAAUUAUUAGAUUUAAAAAAUCAAUGCGCUGAAAUAAAAGAGGAAGUUCUAUCUGAAAAAAUUGCUGAUUUACCUGCAUUACAGCAAGAAACUAUUAAAAAUUGUCUAUUGGCUGCAAAAGCUAAGAGUGCUAAACAACGCCGGUAUUCCGUUGAGUGGGUGUAUGAAUGCCUGUUAAUGAGCAUUAAAAGUAGUGCUCUGUAUGAACACAUUAGAAAAAAAAAUAUCCUCCCUUUACCAUGUAAGGAUACUUUGAUGAGAUAUAUACAAAAACUCGAUAGCGCUUUUGGGUUUCCCAAGGCGAUUUUUGACACACUGAAACUCAAAGGUUCACGUAUGGAAGUCUAUCAAAAAAGGGGUAUAUUGUCAGUCGACGAGAUAGCACUUAGCGAAGGCAUUGCAUUAAACCGUAAAACAUUAAAACUGGAAGGUUUCGUAGACCUUGGGGAAUACACGCCUGACCAUUUAAGACACACUAGAGCUGACCAUGCGUUGGUUUUUAUGUUUCAACCCUUUCAGGGCAAAAACUACUUUUGGAAUGUACAAUUCUGCUUGAGAAAGCUGGUUUUUAUGUGGACGGAAUUGUAUCAGAUGCAGCACAAUGGAAUCGCGGUGUAUGGAAAUUGCUCGGCAUACAAGAUGGCAACUAUAGUUGUGAGCACCCAUAUAAUUUUUCAAGACGUUUAUGGUUUUUUUUCGGAUUUCCCUCAUUUAUUGAAAAAUUUUAGAAAUAAAAUUAUGGAGCAGUCUGCCUUCUGGACUCCGGAUGGAAUCGUUAAAAAAAAACAUUGGAAUGCUCUGUUACAAUAUGAAAAUUAUUUAAAAGCUAAUUUAAAAAUGGCUUAUAAAUUGACUCCUCAUCAUCUUAAACCCGAAGGUUAUCAGAAGAUGAAUAUUCCGUUAGCUGUAGAGCCGGCUUUUACAAUAUUGCAAAUCGGUUUGAUGGACCUUGUGGGGAAUUUCACGCUCUUCAAAAAAGCCUUAAAGUUUUUUUGUGUAACUCGCACUGGUUCACUGGUAGGAGUCGUCAAAAUUACAAAAAUAUAA